AAGAAAUCCUGAGAUCUUAUGAAAUAUUAUUGAUUUCUUAGAAAUAUCUACUACAUCGCCAUAUGUUUAACUCGUAGAACGUCUACGAUUUAGAAACAGUCCUGUUUCGAGCCAGAGAUGAACUGGUACCGAUUCUGUCCAGUUCCCUCGAUGACAAAUACCGAUUGCACCGGACUUUAUCUUAAACCUUUGAGCUACACUGCAUUGUAAAUUCUCCAGUAUCUCACUUACCAUGACUCCAGCAUACAGUCGAGUAGCAGCCGUAACAGGUGCCAACAAAGGCAUUGGCUUUGCCAUAGUGCGCCAGCUUGCAUUACAGUAUCCAUCCUCAAGGUUCAACAAUGGACCACUACUUAUCUACCUCACGGCACGCGACAAAGCGCGAGGAGAGGGCGCCGUUCAACGACUGCUCGCCGAUGAUCAGCUCCGAGCCGCCAAGGUCCUGUCUACACACGGUGGACUAUCCGACAUUCGAUUCCAUACCCUCGAUAUUAGCGAUGCAGCAAGCAUCCAAAUUUUCGGCCAGUUUCUGAAGAAAGAGCAUCCCGAAGGCAUCGAUUUCGUCAUCAACAACGCGGGCAUUGCCAUGGACGGGUUCGACAACCACAUCGUCAAAGAAACGUUGCAUUGCAACUACUACGGCACGCUUUCCGCCACGCGCGAACUACUCCCUCUGAUCAAACCUACCGGACGCCUAGUUAACGUAGCCAGUAGCGCAGGCUCCAUCGAGAAAUAUUCGCAGGCACUUCAAGACCGGUUCCGUCACGCGAAAUCGGUCGACGACGUCACACAGAUCAUGCAAAGUUUCGCCGCGGCGGUCGCGCAAGGGCGGGAGCAGGAAGAAGGAUGGACGAGCGCUGCGUAUGCGGCGUCAAAAGCUGGGGUGAUCGGGAUGACGAGGAUGAUCGGGGCCGAGGAGAAGGCGAGGAAUGGAGGCACGGAGGGGGAGCGACUGAUCAACGCGUGCUGUCCUGGACUCGUGCCGACGGAUAUGACGAAGGGAAGGGGGAGCAGGACACCAGAUGACGGGGCGCAGACACCGGUGAUGCUGGCGCUGGGUGAUAUCAAGGGUGUAUCUGGCGAAUACUGGCGAAGUCAGAGGGUUCGCACUUGGUAAGUGCCACUAGCGGAAUCAGCUUCGAAUGGUAAGAGCGUC